GCUGCAUGUAACCGGUUACUCCCUGCGUCAUGACGUCACUCGCGUCGCGUCGCGUCACCGCUGAACUGAGGAGGCUCGGACGCAGCAGGUGAAACCCGGCGGAGAAGACUCCGGCGCAGCUGAUCUCUGAUAGCGCUACGCGGCCAGGAUCCAGCAGACAUUGCUGCCUCCUUUUCUCCUUCACUUGUAUUUUUUCUACACUGUUGCUCCAACCUCAACAGUCAGUGUUUGUUGGAGAGGAGCCGUGCUAAUAUAGACGGACCGUUUCAGAGCAACAAUGAGCACAGCGAAACCCACUGGACUGAAAGCACCCAGCAGAAUUGGCAGGCCAGCCGCUGCUGGGGUCUCGAAGACGUCUCCUUCUGUCGGUGCUGCUAAACCAGCUCAAGCUGACAGAUCCUCAGCCGCAGCCCGAGAUGCAGGAGAGCAGUUCAAGCUGGGCGAUCGUGUCUGGGUGAACGGCAACAAGCCGGGCGUCAUUCAGUUUUUAGGAGAGACCCAGUUUGCUCCGGGCCAGUGGGCUGGAAUUGUGCUCGACGAGCCUUUUGGGAAAAACGAUGGCUCGGUGUCAGGUGUGCGCUACUUUCAGUGUGACGCGCUUAAGGGUAUUUUCACACGGCUCUCCAAGCUUUCACACACAGAAGGCGAGGCGGACGGCACGACGACUUCUCCUCCAUCACCCACCCCGUCCACUCCACCAGCGUCUGCUCCAGCCUCAGACCUGGUGCGCUCCAAGAGCGAGUCCGUGUCCAACCUGUCCGAGUCCGGCUCGGUCAAGAAGGGAGAGCGGGAGCUGAAGAUCAACGAUCGAGUGCUGGUUGCUGGCUCGAAAGCUGGUGUGGUGCGUUUCUUGGGCGUGACGGAUUUUGCGAAGGGAGAGUGGUGUGGAGUGGAGCUGGACGAGCCCUUGGGAAAGAACGACGGCGCUGUGGCGGGAACCAGGUAUUUCCACUGUCAGGCCAAGCAUGGUCUGUUCGCACCGGUGCACAAGGUGACCCGGAUAGGUUUUCCCUCCACCACCCCGGCCAAGGCAAAGAGCACUGUGCGGAAAACAUCCACCCCGCCGUCAGGCCUGAAGCGCAGCCCCAGCGCCUCCUCCAUCAGCUCCAUCAGCUCCGUGGCCUCGUCUGCUGGUUGCAAGCCCAGCCAAACAGGACUGCUGACGGAGACGUCCACACAGUAUGCGAGGAAGAUCUCCGGCACCACGGCACUGCAGGAGGCGCUGAAGGAGAAGCAGCAGCACAUCGAGCAGCUCCUCGCCGAGCGCCACCUGGAGAGAGCGGAGGUUGCCAAGGCGACCAGCCACGUGGGAGAAGUGGAGCAGGAGCUGAGCUUACUGAGAGAAGGCCAGGAGCAGUAUGUGCUGGAGGCGGAUGCUAAGCUGGACCAGCUGCGAGUGCUCGUGGAGUCUGCGGACCGAGAGAAGCUGGAGCUGCUGAACCAGCUGGAGGAGGAGAAGAGGAAGGUGGAGGACCUGCAGUUUCGGGUGGAGGAAGCCUGCAUCAGCAAAGGAGAUUUGGAGACGCAGACGCAGCUGGAGCAUGCCCUUCUGAAGGAGCUUGAACAGAGUCUUCUCUUUGAAAAGACCAAAGCUGGCAAACUGCAGAGGGAGUUAGAAGACUCUCGGGUGGCCACGGUCUCGGAGAAGUCCCGUAUCCUGGAGUUGGAGCGGGAUCUUGGCUUGCGGGACAAGGAGGUAGCUGCUCUUCGGAAGUCUUUAGAAGCCGUCUCAGGACAGGACGGGGUUGCUGCUCUCCAGGAGGAGCUGUGCUCGCUCCACACACAGCUGGCCGCUCAGGGUCACAGUCACCAGGCUGAGCUGUCUUCCUUGCGCCAGACGCUUGCGGCUCGAGAAGAGGAACUCAGUGAAUCUCUGUCACAGCUCCAGUCAUCCGCAGGUCGCUUGUCGAAGGAUAACGAGCAGCUUUCGGGUCAGCUGGCCAAAUCUAAGGAGGAGAAUUCAAAUAUCGUUGAGGAGUGGCGCGCUAAACUAGCAUCGGUCGAGGCCUCGCACCAGCAAGCCUUGGAGGAGCUCAGAGCCUCCCACGAGGAGGUGCGUAAUGCUCUGGAACAGACACAUAAAGUGGAGCUCGCGGAGAAGCAUGCUUCUGAAGCCAUGGGCUGGACGGGUGAAGCCAAAGAGCACAAGACACAGCUCCUGAAGGUCAGCGAGGAGAACGAACGUCUGGUAGAGACGCUGCGCACCAGUCUGGAGAAGGCAGAGGAGCAGCACCUGCUGGAGAUGGAGGAGGUGUUGGGAAAACUUCACAGCGCUGAGCUCAGGGUGAAAGAGCUGGAGGACACGGGAGUAAAGAUAGGUCAGCAGCUGCGGGAAAAGACACAAGACGCUCUGGAGCAAGAAACAGCUCUUGAGACGCUGCGGUCACAGCACCGAGACAUGCAGAGGUUACUGACACAAGUAGAGGAGGCAAGAAGCCACGCCAGACCUCAGGAAGAAAAGGUCACGGAGCUGAACUCAGUACUAGAGGUUAAACAGCAAGAGCUGAAUGGCCUGCUGCAGGAAAAGAGCUCUCUGGAGCAAGAAGUUAGUGUGCUGAAACAGACUCUUGAAAAAACAUCUGUUGAUCAAGUCAGAUCUGCUCAGACUAAUCAAGAGUUACUCGAGGAGCUCAGGAGCAAAGAGGAGCAGUGCACAUCGCUCUCUGCUGAACUACAGGAGAUGAAGGGUCAGUUCUCUGGUUUACAGAGUACUUUGAAAGCAAACGAAGAAAGGAUACUGCUGCUGACCAAAGACAAAACUAAACUUGAGAAGGACAUCGUGGACAUGACGAAAUCAUCGGGAGACAGCUCUACUCUAAUAACAGAGCUGAAUGAGGAGAUCAAGCAGAAAGAGAGGAGAGUAGAGGAGCUUCAGAAGCAGCUUGAGGAGGAGAGAGAGAAGGAGGAACGCUCUCGAGCACAAGUCCAGGCUGGGAAUGAAGCUGAAAGCCUGGAGCAGGAGCACCGAGCAGAGCUUUCCAGCCUGCAGGACACGAUCAAGCUUCUGGAGCAGAGCGCCGCAGACAAUCAGGCUAAAGCCAAAGAUGUGCUCGCUGUGGGAGAGCAAGCGCUUGCCGACGCUGUGGGUCGCCAUUCAGAAGAAAUGCAGGAACUACACAGAGAGCUUGAUAAAGUGCAGCAGGAGCUCCGUGUGUCUCGGGAUGAAGGCCUGGAGCUGAAGACACAGAUCGAGCAGCUGGAAGCCUUCAGAGAGACGGCUGGGCUGGACGCUUCAACACAGCAGAACUCUCAGCGUGAGGAGAACCUGAGCUCUGACCGGCAGAAGAUCAGCAGCCUCAGUGAAGAGAUUGAGGAGCUGAAAGCAGCAGUCGCUGAAAAAGCCCAGGAAGUGGAGGCUCUGAAACACGAGAAGGAACAGCUAACCCUGGAGCUCGCCAGCAGCCACAAAGACAGCAACGUGCUGCUGAACCUCAAAAAGGAGUGUGACAACCUCAACGAUCAGCUGAAGGAGAUGAAAACCAGGGAAAGCACUUUGAAGAGCGAAUCUGAGAAGCAGAACGCAGCUCUCCAGCAGUCUCUCCAAACACAGAGUGCACUGAUCUCAGAGACGCACACAGAAUUAGACUCUCUGAGGAACCAGAUGUGUCUGUGUCUGUGGCAGCUGGAGGCUUUAACACAGCAGAACUCUGAGUGUGAGGAGAAGCUGAGCUCUGACCGGCAGAAGAUCAGCAGCCUCAGUGAAGAGAUUGAGGAGCUGAAAGCAGCAGUCGCUGAAAAAGCCCAGGAAGUGGAGGCUCUGAAACACGAGAAGGAACAGCUAACCCUGGAGCUCGCCAGCAGCCACAAAGACAGCAACGUGCUGCUGAACCUCAAAAAGGAGUGUGACAACCUCAACGAUCAGCUGAAGGAGAUGAAAACCAGGGAAAGCACUUUCACAAGCGAAUCAGAGAAGGAGAAAGCAGCUCUGCAGCAGUCUCUCCAAACACAGAGUGCCUUGAUCUCAGAGAAGGACACAGAAUUAGACUCUCUGAGGAACCAGUUCAAAAAGGAGUGUGACAGCCUCAAUAGUCAACUGAAGAAGAUAAAAAUGAGGGAAAGUACUUUAACAGAAGAAACAGAAAAGGAGAAGGAAGCACUCCAGCAGUCUCUCCAAACACAGAGUACCUUAAUCUCAGAGAAGGACAAAGAAUUAGAGUCUCUGAGGAACCAGCAGAUAGCAGGUCUGUGUGAUACGACACAGACGCUGAAAGUGCACAGGAGUGAGAACACUCUGCUGCAGGAGCGAGUGAAGGGUCUGGAGAGGAGUUUAGCUGAGGCUCAGACCAGCGGCGCAGGAGAGGACGCCUCAGAUGCUUUAAAAACAUGGAAGGAGGCGAAGGAGAAUGCAGAGCGGCAGGUUGAAUUCCUGAACUCGGUGAUUGUGGAUCUGCAGCGGAAGAACGAAGACUUCAGAUCUAAACUGGAGACGAUGGCAGAAGCAGCGCUCAAUGGGAACGCUUCAGCGGAGACGGACACUCGUAACAGUCUCGGCGAGCCGGCGCUGAAGAAGAAGCCCCCUCCCCGUCUCUUCUGUGACAUCUGUGACUGCUUCGACCUGCACGACACGGAGGACUGUCCCACGCAGGACCAGGUGCUGGGCUCCCCCGCACACACCACACACCACGGCAGCACCGGCGAGCAGCGGCCCUACUGUGACAUCUGUGAGACCUUCGGCCACUGGACAGAGUCCUGCAGCGAUGACCAGACCUUCUAGCGGCCGCUUCAUCCUGAACCACACAGUGCACAAGAGACUGCUGUCUGUAGUUUACUCAGAGGGCUCCAGCUUCACUCUGAAAGCACCUUGUAGUGAAUGUUCAUUCUUCAUAAGGUGGUGGAUUUAUACGCUGGAAGGUCUUUGGUUUCAGGUUUUGGACUUCAGUGCUGACCUCUAGUGGAAGGCCUUUCACACUUCAGCAGAGAAGUAUUAAUAUACAGCCUAAAUAAUUCUAGAGUUGUGAAAAUCUCAUCAUUUCUAAACAAAAAAUAAGUACGUUUCAAUCAUUUAUUAUCUUUCAGAAUGACUGUUAGUUAAAUAUUUGCAACUUUUGUCCAAAAAAAACCCCACAGGUAGCCAGCAUCGUGCUGUUUUUGUUAGUUUAUUACUGUAUUGUGAUUAAGUUGUGGAGGUCUGGUAUGGGUGUUUUUAGUAAAGUUUCCCAGGUGGUGUGUGAGACGUUUAUUUGUAUAAAGAUCAAAGAUUUUAUGGAAAUAAACUUAAAGAAAUAUAUUUUAAGUGCAAAAAAUAUUCUUUGUUGUGUUGUAUGUUCAUGCUUAUGUUCUGCUUU